GUGCGGGAGAGUUUGAGAAGGAAGAAACAUGUAGGGAACAGAGUUGGGACCUAGUGCCCGGGCUAUUAUCUACGUGUGGGUUUUUAUAGGAGGACUCGGGGUGGAAGGAGAAGAAAUUAGUAUAACAGUAGGGGGCACCGACAGGAGGUCAUUGGGAAUCUUAGGUUAAUCGAUCUUCCUGGGGGUGGAGGUGGGAUACCACCUGUGUUGAGUUUAUGAUGUGAUGGCGUUAGUGGACCGUGGUUCUUUGAGAUUUUCUUUUAAAAUGACAGUACUGUACUCAGAGCUCAGAGUUGCUUUAGUGGGGCCAAGAGGAGUUCCCAUGUACUGUAUUCUGAUUAGAAAAAUUGAUAUACAAGGAGUUAUGCUGUAACUGUUAUAGUGGAGGAAGUAAAAGUGACUUAGGACCCCCCAAUUGCCACAUUAUAACUUUGUUUUUAAAGUUAGGGAAGCCUGAGCAACUGCUCACACCCUGCAGUGGAGAGGGAGGAGGGGUGGGUUAGGAAUACCAUGAAAUACUGAUAUGCUCAGAAAUGUCCCCAAUUGUAUGCAUCUCUAGAUCAGGUUCCUGUCAUUUGCUGGACUAGUAUCUUUUUGUAAACAAAGAAGUUCACAAGAGCUCUUUAUUUAAGUUCUAACUUAAAUACAGGAAAGUUCUAUAUUGUGUAUAUAACAGUGCUUCCAAAACUCAUAUGGUUUCCCUACCCCAUCUUGGAUUAAAAUUUAAUGCAUCUUUCACCCUAUACUCAGAUGCAUGUCAGUGAUCCUUCUUGUGUCAUAGUCUAGUGCAUCAUGGUUACUGUCUCUUUCUGUUUAGUUAUCUUUGUUGGUGUUUCUAGGAAGACCAAGCACUUGCCAGUUGUACAAUGGACUAUGGCAAGGACUUACCUGUAGUCUCCAUAUGCUGAGGGAUAUAGACAGGUGUAGGCAUCCAAUAUGGUGACUUAAUUCUUUCAAGACACAUUUCAGCCUCUCUCAUGACACAUUAGAUGCUCCAGUAUGCAGUUUGGGAAUCAGUGAUGGCAAGGUGUGAAUAUAUUCACUUAAGAAGAGAGCUGAGAAAGGAACUUACUUAUUUGCCAUAUUUAUAGGCCUCCCUUUGAUAAAGGUGUCAGGGUUGUUCACAGCCAGAAAAGCUCAGUCAGUAGAGUAUGGGUCAAAUAGCUAUAGUCAACCUACAAACUUGAGCUACUGGUUUUGAACAGACUAAAAUUUUCAUGAUCAAGCAACAGCCCAAGUUUUUUAUGCUUACUAUAGAUGUUUGACUAAUAUUUUGAGAUAAAGAGCUGAAAUUUAACAUGGAAUUAAUAAUUUUUGUACCACUGAAGGAUUUCCCCCUGUAAUUGUAUUGCUAUUAGAUUACUUAGCACACAGGACAAAAUAUUAGAAAGUGUGUUGAUAACAUGUAUAAGUUUGUCAUAAGCAACAUGUUGUUGUUUAGCCAUUUAGUUGUGUCCGACUCUUCGUGACCCCAUGGACCAGAGCACACCAGGCACUCCUGUCUUCCACUGCCUCCUGCAGUUUGGUCAGAUUCAUGUUGGUAGCUUCAAGAACACUGUCCAAUAGAAUGUAUAUUGCAAUGAUAGUGACAUUGAAAAGAUUAAGAAUAUUUUAAAAUCUGAUUUCUAAUCAUUUGGCAGUAGAUUAUUCUAGCUGUAUAGUCUGUCUCUGAAUAAGGCACUUACCUGUGUGGCCAAAGUGAAAUUGCCAGGGCGAGAGUGAAAUGAACAAAAAAUCUAAAUCAUAAAUAUUUUCUGACAAGCCAAUAGCUUAAUAUGUUGAUCAGAGUUUAUGAUAGUCAUUCUAUAGUUGGAGCAAAUAAAUUAUAACAACUGAGACUUAAGCAUGCACAGCUCAAAGUUUUGGUGCAGACACAGGGAUCUUACCUGUGCAGGUAGGUAGACUCUACCCCAUUCAGUAUAGUUCCUGGGAUAUCUCUGUCCCUACAUUUGUCUCUAUAAUGCAUGCAUUUGCCUGCUGCUGGAGCAGAAUCCAGAAGUAGCUAUGCCACUGAGAAAGGGAGAAGAUUGCCCUUUAAAGUCAGUUAGAGGAGGAAAAGUGUGAAGCUCAUCUGUUCCUCACUGCUUUUAAAGUUGAAUUACCCCUGGAGCAUGGGAGCUACUUCAACACUGUCGUGAUCUGGAGUGCCUUGAUAAUGUGCACAAACAAAAAUCAUGUGAGUGGAUGAAUGCUUAUUUAUUUAUUUUGACUGUUUAUGUCCCACCUUUAAAUCAAAACAGUUUUCAAGGCAACUUACAAGCAGGAGGUAACAAUACAAACCCCCCCCCCCCCAAUUCACACAUACAAUCUAGCAGCUGCUGGAUGGGACCAGAGCUUGCUUUUCAUCAGCUCUCUGGUCUCAGGGCAACUGGCAAUUGAAGUUGAGUGUUCUUUCUAGAAGCAAGGGGGAGGGAGGAAGCAAAUUCCGGCAGCUGCUCAUUUUCUGUCUGAUGAAUGGGGACAGACUGGUUUCCCUUUUGCCUUACUUCCUGUGAGGCAGGGGGUGCAGUUUUCCAAUGGCCCCUGCUGUCCUGGCCAGAGACAAGAGUGGGAUUCUCUUCCGUUUUCUCGUCCUAUGGCAGCUCCUUGUAUUACAUGAUCUCUGCUGAGAAUGAAAUAGGAAUGUGGUUGUUUCUUAUCCUAGUGCAGUGUUUCUCAACCUUUUUUGGGCCACGGCACACUUGUUCCGUGAAAAAAAUCACGAGGCACACCACCAUUAAAAAAGUUAAAAAAUUUAACUCUGUGCCGCCCUAUAUUAUAAUUAUGACUGUAAGAAACACUUGCCAAAUAUUGCUUUCCGGCGGGUCAGCGUUGCGUAUUGGCGGCUGCCAGGCUCGUUUGCACUGAGCUUUGGGAAAGAGGAGGAGAAAUAUUGCUUUCCGGCGGGUUAGUGUUGUGUAUUGGCGGCCGCCAGGCACGUGACAAUGCAAAUCGCCCUUCUCGUCGCCGCACGUCGCGGCACACCAGCCAGCGUCUCGCGGCACACUAGUGUGCCGCGGAACAGCGGUUGAGAAACGCUGUCCUAGUGGUGUGGGAAGUAAUUAUAUUAUCCCAUGUACCCACGUGGUUCUUGUAUGUACAUAGUACGUACUGGGGUUUUGUGAAUCCAGGAUAUAGACAUGCAGUUCCAAUAUUGUAAUUCUAAUGUUUGAAUUAGUCUUUAAUAUCCAAUAAAGAACAAAGAGCAGAUUCAGUUUUGAGCCACUUUUCAAAUCGGCUCACCUGGUGCAAGAUGUCCGGGGGUGGGGCGAUGGUAAGAGGAUGUUUUAGCACCUACAACUAGUUGUGGGUUUAAUGUGAGUGUAAUGCUUUCUGGUUCCACUUUCCAUUGUGGUUUUGUGGCUUGGAUGUAGCUUCUUUUCAAUCCUGAGUCUAGAAGCUGGAAGUGGAGAUUACACUGUGUAUGCAUAGCUGCCAAGUUUUCCCUUUUCUCACGAGGAAGCCUAUUUAGCAUAAGGGAAUUUCCCUUAAAAAAGGGAUAACUUGGCAGCUAUGUGUGUAUGUUACCAUUGGUUAGUAGGUUAUGUGUGUAUGAUUAGUUAGGGGAGGUUUCUGAUAACCCUCCCAUGUAUUCAGAGACUAUGUGAGGUGGAUUGUGGGGCUGCAUGAGCUAAUCCUGGCUCUAUUGCAGCAUCUAGCAGCCCUCUACCCCCCCCCACUUUACUAUGUGAAAGGAGGCUUGCUGUGCAUACUGAAAUAAUAAUAAUAAUAAUAAUAAUAAUAAUAAUAAUAAUAAUAAUAAUUAAUAAUAUAGUUAUUUAUUUGCUACCCAUCUGACUGGGUUACCAACAAAAUAUGUAACCACAGUAAAACAUCAAGCGUGUGCAUAAAGGUCCUCCACAUAAGUUGGGAUCUUGAUGCACAGAUGUUGGUAUAUUUGUAGAGCCCCUUCUCCUGUGUGCUAAUUGCAGGUGAGUGGACCUUCCUGCUGUGUAAUUGGCAAGAGGCAAUUCCUGCUCAUGUGGUUCUGCAACCCCCUUAACUUUGAACACAUGGGGAGAGUCAUUGAACUAACCCCCCACCCAAUUGAAUAGCCAUUUCUGAUCUAGGCUUUCUAAAUAUUUAUUCAGUGCACUUCUGUUUAGGUCACAUCCUGUCUUUCUGAAAUCUUGUAUGCUUAUUUUCACACAUUUGUGUGAGGGAGAUAGUGUUGAUGAAUGCCUAAUAAUGUACCCCAUUAACCUUAAGAAUGUUUACAAAAUAUUGUCACAAGAGUGACAGAAUCAUGGUCCUUCCCUAAUUAAGAAGCAUUUCUUCAGUAAGAAUAGAUACUAGCUUCUUAUAUGGUAUAGUGGAACUAGAACCAAGGUCUGUAUCCUUCCUACCUUGUCGGAUGCUCCACAGUCUAAUUUACCAGAUUGUAGAGGUAGAGGAGGUUUUGUACUCAUUAAAAAGGACAAAACAAAAAAGGACAAGGCAUACACUUGGUUUCUCUAGUGGAAUGAGACAAGGGUAGUGUACGUGAGAUGUUAAAAGGAGAAACAAAAAUUCAAAUAUCGUUUAUGGAGAAUCCAGAUGCACCUCCAGGAUUUUUGUUUUACACACUAGCCUCAAACUUAAGAGUAAUGUAAGUCUUUCAGUAUGCUUUAUGUAGAAUAAAAAGGUUUUAUUGAAGGUGACUUAUGAAUUUCAACUCUUUCUGUUUUGUUCUGGGUAGUCCACAAAAGCAACAAAAAGCUAUUAUGUGCUUGAUGUUUUUUGCCUUACUCUCAAACUUCUGAUAUAAAACUUCUGAAUUCUACACUGCACUUUGAUCCACAUUUCAGGCUAUCACAUCUCAUUUUGCACGUGGGAAUCCUUUUAGAGAAUGAAAUUUGAGAAUGACUUAUGUGGCCAUGUCUUCAUUAUUGCAGGCUUUUUGUAAGAAGAUGUUUAUAGUAGUUUCUUGUAGAAUAUGUGUGACUUCUGGUUUGUGCUGUUGGGUUAUAUGCCAGAUGUAAAUGAACCUGAUGAAAAUGGAGUGUUUUAAAGUUGCCUUGCUGAAAUUAACUCUUUUAAAGCAGAUCUGGUUAAUCCAUUUUAACUUAAGAAUGAUGAUUUAGACACCUUUUAAAAUUAUUACCGGUAGCAUGAGGCAAGUAGGAUUUUGACAAGUUGCUACAUUGGUAUAGACUUCUCAUAAUUCUUGUAACAAUGCUCUUGUGUAAAACACUUUUCAGUGAUAAUGUGAUCAUAGCAACCCUAUAAAGUUGUAUGUACCACUUUUAAGAAAGGGGCUGUAGUUUAGAGAGAUUUGCUUCCCAGUGUCUCUUAGUGAACCCAUGACUAAAAUGAGGGGGAAAGUAAAAUGAUGAUUGAGACAUGGCUUCUUGAUUUAUUUUAUUUAGAUGUGAGGAUCAGUUCUUGUUUAUUCAAGAUCUUGCUUGCAAAAACAGAGUGGAAAUUGGGAUUUCUUAUACAUUUACAAUUAAUAUUCACAGUAAAUGGUGGCUUGAAUUGAAGUUUUGAAGAGUAUAAAAGUCCCAAGAGAAUAUAUUUGGAAGUACAACUUGGUUUUUAAUGUGAAUGAUGCCAUCAUUGGUAGGCUAUAAAAUUGAUUCCCUCAGAAUAGAAUCCUUUUCAUUGUGACAGAAGUCCUACUAAGUAAUCCUUAUAGCACAGUUUUUCAGUCAUUUUGGGUCCACGGCUCCCUUGACCAACUACAUUCUUUCCGCAGCACCCGUGUGGGGCUCAGGAGCCCAGUUAUGUCACACCUUGCCUGCCAAGCUGGCAGCCUCUCACCCCUCCCUUGUGGAGUGUUCCCCCAGCCUCCUCUCUUUUCCCCUCUCCUUGGGAGUCCUCUGGGCACCUGCAGCUGCUGCCCCUGGUCUCUGAGCUGCCCUCCCCCCGCCACCCCAAAGAGAGGUGCCUCCUCUCACUGCCUCACAGGGGCCUGGGAAGCACCCCCUGGUCAGCUCCACACACACCAUUCACCUGGGAGCUUGUAGCCAGGGCUGCCGCAACAAACUCUGCAAGCCUUUGGGAAGCAGAGAUGUGAGAAGGCAUCAGAUGAAGGGAGGGAAGGAAAGAGGGACAGAGGCCAGUAUUGCCCAUGGCACCCCUGAACAUCAUUCAGGGCACCCCAGGGUGCCAUGGCACACUGAUUGAAAACCACUGCCUUAUGGCUCAGUCUGCAAGAAGCAACACCAGAGAGCUUUUCAUUGUAUGUAUUUGAUUUGAUAUUAUGAGCAGGUGUACUUUGUUUGCUGUUCUUAUUGCUUAUAGUAUUACAGUAAUGUAUAUCAGUUAGCCAGUUAAUUAACCUCCAUGUGUUCAUAAAGCAAAGCAAGGAGUUCAUAUCCUAUUUCAGAUCUUGCUUCCUUUCAGGGCAUGUAGUGGUGGUCCAACAGAAUGAAAGAAUAAAUAAGGUGAUGGUUCAGAGAGUGGCGGUUUUCCUUUGAUAAGCUAGAGUAGGGGUGGGGAACCUAAGGCCCUACAGAGGUUGUUGGAAUACAGUUCCCAUCAUCCCUGACAAUUGGCAAUGCUGUCUGGGUCUCAUGGGAGUUGGAAGUCUAUUACCUUCUGGAUGACCCCAGGUCCUUCAUCCCUGAGGUAGAGGCUGUUAGCAGAAGAUACUGUUUUUAUCAGUCGUUUUUUAAUCUCAUUAGUUUUCAAAAGCAGGAGCAAUCAUUUCUGCUUCUGCUUCUUGGGGAUCAACUUAAAACUUUGUGAUGAAUUUUUUUGCCUUUUUUGUUAGAGAAUGGGCAUAUUUUAUAACAAAAAGAAAUUACUUACGUGCAUCAGUUGGGGUGGAAGUCUUUUAGAAAGCAAUUUUCAAAGGGAAAUGAAGAGAAGUUAUUAGCAUCUGAGCACUUGGGUAAAAACUAGAACAUUUUGAUACCUUAAAGUAGAAAAUAUUUCAUGAGUUACAGGGGCAUAAGGGUUUGAAUAAGGGUGAGAGGUCUGUUUAACAUAGAUAGAAAUCGAAGAGCAUAAAUUAUGUUAUUGUCUUUAGAUUAUCCUAGUCACCUCUUAUGGUUUAAAAUGCUGUUACUAAACUUGAUUUUGAGAGUAUAGCAACAUCAUGGCCUUUAAAUCAAGUCUUUAUACUGUGAUCAGACCUGGAAACAUCACAGAUAAAAGGUUUCCUAAGCAUCUAGGAAUAUGAAAUAUUUGAGCGGCAUUGGUGCCUAAAAGAAGUGGAGUUUGGUGCACAUCAGCCAGGUGCAAUCUUGGAACAUAGACAUUUGAUGCUGGCUUUGAAAAAUUAGAGCUUUGCCCCUGAGUACUUUAAGUACAUUUCAUGUAUAUCUAUGAUUGUGAAGCACUGGGGUAGUUUGUUGAUGAAGCCAUGGGUUUCGCUUUCUGGAAGGAAUGAAGGCUAUUGACCAGAACACUGCUGUGCAAGGGAAUUGUUGAUUAACAGAGCAAGAACCAUAGCUGUUUUUCAUGUUAGAAGCACUAGGGAUGUGAAACCUGUGGAAUUGAUUCCUUACUGUUUGACGCAUCACAUUUUCACCUUGUCUGUCCCCUUUGUUGGUUUCUUGCCACCUCCACUCUUUAUCCUGAAAUUGAUUUGAAUAUGAGUUAUUUUCAUUUUGAUGAUUUGAUUGUUUCUGUUGUGAUUUAUCGUGUUUUUUUCUUCCUUUUCCCAAUCCAGUUAUUGUGAUCACUCUAAGCCCUGCUCCCGCUCCAUCCCAACGUGCAGCUGCAGUAGUUGCUUAGCACCUUCCUUUCCUGAUGAUGUCAAAGCACUUUCUGAAGACAGCAUUGCAGCUUCCCUUAGCCAACGAUGGAAGCAGCCGUUCCACCUCUUUGGACAGCUCGCCCCAGCAUCAUCACACUCAUCCGUCACGCCCCCGAAACUUUCUGGGCCUGCCUCCUCAGCCCCCCUUCCACAUGAACAAGAGCAUGGAGAGUAUAGAGAUUGAUCAGAAACUGCAGGAAAUUAUGAAGCAAACGGGUUACUUGACCAUCGGAGGGCAGAGAUACCAAGCAGAAAUCAAUGACCUGGAAAAUCUGGGUGAGAUUGGAAGUGGGACGUGUGGACAGGUGUGGAAAAUGCGUUUCAAGAAGACUGGACACAUCAUAGCUGUGAAGCAAAUGCGUCGUUCUGGUAACAAAGAGGAGAACAAGAGGAUUCUGAUGGACCUGGAUGUGGUGUUGAAGAGUCAUGACUGUCCUUACAUUGUUCAGUGCUUUGGAACUUUCAUCACAAAUACUGAUGUUUUUAUAGCCAUGGAGCUAAUGGGCACAUGUGCAGAGAAGCUGAAAAAACGAAUCCAAGGGCCUAUCCCUGAGAGGAUCUUGGGAAAGAUGACUGUGGCGAUUGUCAAAGCACUCUACUAUCUGAAAGAGAAGCAUGGUGUCAUCCAUAGAGAUGUGAAGCCUUCAAAUAUCUUGUUGGAUGAGAGGGGGCAAAUCAAAUUGUGUGACUUCGGAAUCAGUGGGAGGCUGGUGGACUCGAAAGCCAAAACCCGGAGUGCUGGUUGUGCAGCAUAUAUGGCGCCUGAGAGAAUAGAUCCUCCUGAUCCCUCAAAACCAGAUUAUGAUAUCCGUGCAGAUGUUUGGAGCCUGGGCAUCUCUCUGGUUGAGCUGGCUACAGGUCAGUUCCCCUACAAGAACUGUAAAACAGAUUUUGAAGUCCUCACCAAGGUGUUGCAGGAAGAUCCUCCCCUUCUCCCAAACAACAUGGGAUUUUCUGUGGAUUUCCAGUCCUUUGUGAAAGACUGCCUUACUAAAGAUCACAGGAAGAGACCAAAGUACAACAAGCUACUUGAACAUAACUUCAUCAAGCGUUAUGAGACACUGGAAGUGGAUGUGGCAUCCUGGUUCAAAGAUGUCAUGGCUAAGACAGAGUCACCCCGCACGAGUAGCAUCCUUAGCCAGCACCACUUGCCAUUCUUCACCAGGUAGCCAUGUAGAGUGGCUAUUGGGCCAAGGAAGGACCCCUUGGCAGACAGAGCUUGCAAGGUGGGGCAAGAGAGAGCACCACAACAGACACCUGCCCUCACAACAGCAACUCUUCAGUGGCAUGAAUUGUUUGCUUCACCUGCUCAAAUCACCCUUGCCCAUGUUGUCUUUUCCUUCAGUAUUGCCAUGAAGAGAUGGGGUGGCUGUCUGGUCUUUCGGGAAUGUGGGUGUGUUCUAGAGCCUUUGGCAUUUGUGGCACCAGGCAGCCCAAGAAUACAAAGCCUCUUCCAGCCUGUGCUUGUUAUCUUUCUGUGAUAGAGCGCCGGCCAUCAGGAGUUGCCACGAAGUGACAGCUGCUCCCUGCUUGCCUCUCUCCACCUUGUCUGGAGGCUCAACAGUGACCCUUGCUCACGCACUGUGAACAGACACAAAACACACAAAAGGAAAAAGAAGAUAUUUUUUUUACCACUUAUUUAUUAAGUUUGGACUUGUGGUGCUGCGGGCUGCCUGCUGCACCCGUUCACCCAUCCCUGCGUUAUUAAUGUCUGUUUUUGUUUUUUGUUUUUUCAUUUGUGUUUUUGGGAUUGUAUUUGCUGAGGGGGAAUGGGGCUGGACGUAGAUGGGUCGUCUGCUGCUUUAGAUUCUGAGCUUAGCUGUUGCUGUUGUCUUGGUUUCAUUUUUUCUUAGGGCUUGGGGAGACAGGAAAGUGUAGGUUUGAGAAUUAUUCUCAUCCAAGAGUAGCUCAGUUAAAGUGAUUUUUUCCCUCUUCAAUUCUUUUUGAACUCAGGGGUUCCUAUCUUUUGUUUUGAGCGUGAACAAAGUUUUGUCAGUGAUGUUUUAUUUACCAAAGUGUGUGUUUGGUGCUAGGAUAAAUGCUUGUUCAUUUUCUUCCAGUAUUUAAGAAAAGGAAAAGCAGAACUUAAAAGAUAAUCCUGGCAUCAAGAAAGCCAUUUUUUAAAAAAGAUUCAGCCCAAAUGAUUCUUACUGCUGUGUCUUAGGGAUUCUUUAAUAUAUUUAAAUAGUAACACAUUUAUUCCCUCUUGUGGACUUAAUUGACUCGAUUCUUAACUGGUCAUAAGUGUGUAUCUCCAGUUGAGGAUUGGUCAGAAUUUGCUCUUUGGAGAUCAUGGGCUAGAAUCUGCACUGUCUGUCUAGAUGCUCAGACUUAAUGAAAUCUCAGAGGCGGGAUUCUAAAUUAUCCAAAAGGCUUGGAGGAUGAAGGCUGAGCACCCUCCUCAAUCCUACUCUUUCAGAAUAAAGCUUUUUUCUGCUAGUGUUUUUCACAGGAUAAGAAGCCAGAAGGGACAGAAUUCCAGUCAACUCUAAUUGACAGGCAUUCCCAAAGUGAUGGGGACAUGCUGUAGGCACCAAGGUCUCUGGGUCAUUGAAGUUGUCAUUUAAACCUUUAGGGACAACAAUUGCCACCAUCAGCUUUGGGAAUGAGAGGUGGUCAGAGACUUUGGGAAUGAAUCCUGGUUUUCUUCUUGAGUCAAUUCUGCCAAUAACAAUUGCAUUUCAGGUAGUCCAGAGGUUAAAGCACAGUCUUGAAACUCUGACUUUUAACCCGAAGGUGAGGCUUAUUCCUGCUUUCUCUUGCUAGCAAAGGUUGGAGUACCAUAAUCUUCGCUCUUGUCUCAAUCCUAUGGAUGUUUGGGUUAGUGUGUUUACUUGUGGCGCAGGCAUGAAAAGGCGCUAUGAUGAUGCACUGCACUGUCAGAUGCUUUGCUGUGGCCAUACUAUACUAGAUGUAUAGAUCAACUUCAUAAACCCAACACACACACGCACACAGAAGUUUUAGACUAAAGUCAUAACAGUACUUGGGAUGUCCUGAAAAGGAGAUGCUCCUGUGGUCAUUGAUGAUGCUGGGCUGUCUGCUUAGUACAACUCCUUGAGACGUGAUUCCAUCUAUAUUCUGGCUGUUUCCAAGGGGGAGCUCCUAUAUUGUAUUAUGUUUCCAAGGGGAGCCAAAAUUAGGUAUAUUCAGUGGCAGAAUUAGUGGAGGGAGGAGCAGUUAUAGCGUAAUCCAUGUUCAGGCAUGUCCUACAAAGUGCUUAGGGCUGCUGGGCAACCUGCCAGAAAGUCAGACCAGACCAAGGGGGUCCUUUGAAGAUGGGGCAGUGCACUUGCUUGUCUUGUGAAGAAGUUGGUGGGUGUUUUCUGUGACUGAUUGGAUUUUUAGAAUGGAUAGUUGCUAACAAAAUGAGGCAAGUUACCAAAGAGCUUGGAGGACAUGGAAAAUUCAUUUCCUGAGAGGGUGGAGGUCUUCAGACUGGGACAUAGUUACAACACAGUGUGGAAGUUCAGUUAUUCUGCUGACCUCAGUAGUGACUAUUAAUGUGGCAGCAUUUUUCGGAAUAUGAAGGAAGGCAAUUUCAUUUGCACAUAGGCUUUAUGAGUAGAUGGUUUUGUGCCUAAAAGAAAAUGUAUGGAGUGUAUUAUAUGAAAAGACAUUUGCUGUAUGGGAGAAAGUUGGAAGUGAGGAGCUGGUGGAAGUGAAGAGCUGGUGAAAACUAAAGGGCAGUGAGCAGAGACAGAAAGUUUCAGAUUUAAGAUACUAUUGAAACAAUGAGUGAAUAUUAAUGGUUUUUAUGGAAGUGGAGUAGGAAAAGCAAUGAAGUUUACCUAUGGGUGUCUAAUGAAAAACAGAAGGUGGUGCUGCGGUGCAGGUUUAAGAAAUGCCUAGCCUCCAAGAUGAAUUCCUUUAGUAUUGUGGAGGCUUUAACAAGAUGUUUAUUUAGCCUCUUCUGUGAACUUUGGCUAUGAUGUCUUCCUAAACCCUCCAGAAUUUUAAGAAAAUCUGAGUGUCUUCCAAAUACAUGCCACAGUUUGAAAGUAGCUGGAAAAUAGUGUGCUAAACCAUAGUUCGAGAACCAGGAAGAAACAACAAACUCACACACUUACCUUUCCCGUUAGUGAUCUGAUCUUUUUAGAGUAAACUACAGUUUCCCAUUGGAUCUGAAAUAGUAAACUGAGCUGUUACAGUUCUCUAACAGUAAUAAUAAACCAUGGUUUGAUCCUGGUUAGUAAAAUAAUAGUUUGCCAUUUCAGACAUAAUGGGGAAUUGCAGCUGAAACUAAGCAGGAUCUCUGCACCAACACAGGGUGGGGGUAAAGGGGAAGAAUGCAUACCUGAUGUUUGCUGCCUUCCUAAACUUUGAUUUAGAGAGUCAGUAAUGUACCUCCAGACAUGGUUUUGAAUUCAAGAUAUUGAGUAGUGCUUUGCAAAAAAUAAAUAAAUGGGUGGUUCUGCAUAGACACAAGACUUUGUUAUCUUCAACAGCAAGAUCUUUUUGCCGUAUUGGAAGCUCUUUGGGUAGAGACAUAGUAGAAAUGCAGUUUUGUGUUUCACUUGAGCAAAAUAACAAGAAAGCUCAUAUUAAGACCACUUGGAGAUAUCAUCUAUCAGGGGGUGAAGGGCAAUUGAUACAAGAAUGAUCCCAUAAAGAUGCAGAUUUGAAGAAGAGGAAGAAGAAGAAGAAGAAGAAGAAGAAGAAGAAGAAGAAGAAGAAGAAGAAGAAGAAGAAGAAGAAGAAGAAGAAGAAGAAGAAGAAGAAGAAGAAGAAGAAGAAGUGGAGGAGGAGGAGUAGUUUGGAUUUGAUAUUCCGCUUUAUCACUACCCGAAGGAGUCUCAAAGCGGCUAACAAUCUCCUUUCCCCUCCUCCCCCACAACAGACACCCUGUGAGGUGGGUGGGGCUGAGAGACUUCAGAGAAGUGUGACUAGCCCAAGGUCACCCAGCAGCUGCAUGUGGAGGAGCGGAGACGAGUCUACCGCUCUUAACCACUACACCACACUGGCUCACAUUUGAGAUGUCACUUGCACAAAAAAUGGUUUGGAGAAGAGUAAAGCAUGCUUUCUAGGACAUCUUCCACAAGAUGACAAGAAGAGCAGUACACUGUCAAAAUAUUGAACUGCCUAGAGAAGGAGUGGGGAGAGGGCAAAAACCUUUAUAGCAGAGGACAGGGUAGAGUGUCUGAAAGAUAUAAUGAGAAACUCAUAGGAGAACUAAAGCCCUGGUGACCAGUAGGACAGUUGCAGUAGUCUUCUCCGUGGAUGAUCAGGGUGGCCUGUCUUUCUCAGUGAUAGACACUCACCUUUCUGCUUGCUUUUGCACAGUCCAGCAAUUACGGAGUUAAUCACCACUUUUGAGAAUUCAUCUUGGAAAGUAGGCUGGUAGUCAUCAAAGGUCUGGGCGUGUCUUUCAUGUCUUUUGUCGGGGGAAGUGAAGCACCUUGGGUAGAGAAUGCUGGAGCAGGUGAGUGAGCAGAGGAGGUACUGGAAGUGUGAAAAGUUGGACUUGAGAUCCAGGUGGAAAAACAGCAUGUGCAAGUUGAGAACGGCACUGGGCUGUGUGUAGAAGAAAGUGGUGUUUAAAAUUGGAUGUCAAGUUAAUGUGCAGAGUGUACUGGGAAGUACAGAAGGUGUGGGAAAGAGUAAAUAGAAAGGGUUAGUAGAAGCAGUCCAAUGGGAGCUGUUUUAUCGCCUUGUCCUGAAAGCUGGGUGUGCCCUCCUUUUGGCUCUACAACUUGUUCUUCCAUUGGACUGCUAUGAAAUGUUCUUCAGCAAAUGAAGUGUACUAGUUGGCAGAGAAUUAGUGAUACAUGGUAUGACAACUGGCACUGGUAACUUUCCAAAGUGGCUGAUAUCUAAAAGUGGAACUAGCAGUGGAUCUACCUUCUGGCUUGACCAAAAAACCAUGGGUUAGCUUUAGAGCAGAGAGCCUCUCAAAACUUUUUUAUUAGCAGUUGCCAGCAUGAAUUGGUUAGAUGUACACCACAGCACUAAUCUUUAGUGCUAGGCCCUGGAAAUCUUAAACUGAGAAGCAUUGGUUGGAAGAUAGCUGAGAGUACAAGAAUGUUAUUAGAGCACUGAGUUUUCUAGUGCUAAUGGAAAGCAGGUACCCCUAAUGAUGGGAUUGGCUUUGCAACGAUGAGAUUUUUCUCUUUAAAGAUGGCUUUUAGGUUUUUGUUUCUUCCUGGUGUUUAAGAAUUUGUAGGUAUCUGCUUUGCUGCUCCUAGAAGCUUUAUUCCGUUUAAGAUUCCAAGUGAUGGAACUGUCAGGUCCUAUGAAUAAGUGCCUCCUGUAAUGUAACUCCUGAAAAACUAUUUUGUCCGUUGAUUUUUUUUAGUGGAUAUUUAUUGAAGAUUUGUGUCAUAUCUUGUGAACUUGGAAUUUAAGAAAAGAGCCCUUAAAAAAAAAGUUGCUUAAAAUAAGUAACUUCAGCCUUGCGCUGUUUUAACUUUCCAUCUGGAAGCUGGUUCCAGCCAUUAAAUAAAUAUAUAAAUCUUUUGGCUCUCCUUUCUCUAGUGCCUCAAGAUGUUAAGGUUUAGAAGUGCUCCUCCCACAAAGUUGUGAAAUAAAUUUGCCUACAUGUUUGGAAAUGUGACGUAUGAGAUUUUUCCUGCACAUUUCAUCAUACGUACAGCAGAGUAGUAGCUAGAAGAGAUACCAAGAGAUUUCUCCAGGUGUCUUGAGUUUGUGUUCUUUUCUUAGGAAGGCAAAAGAUACCAGCAGGUACUUCAGGGGAAUUAGGCUGUUUGCAUGCAGGUACUUCAGUACAAUCAUAGUGAUGUAUGUACUUGAGUAUUUAUAAAAUGACUAUUAGAUGAAACACAGUACAAUGACUUGGUAAAGUCCCAGAACUAAAUCAGAUUUUAAAAAGAAGAAGAAGCAGUAGUUAUGCAAAUGUCAAUUAAGGUUAAAAUUCAAAAUUGAAAAUAUUUCUCGUCUACUGAAAAUUUAUCCUGAUGGAGAACAUGGCCAAAGUGUUCAGAAAAAUGGGAGGGGGUAGAUUAUAAAACAUAAUAUUUUCAGAGGUUCAGAAUUAUUAGAUUGUUGUUCAGCAUUUGAAGUGGGAAGCUUCUGCGUUCGCUUAAAAAAUUGCACAUUUGUCCCUUUCAAGAAAUGGGUUUGGAUACAGUAUUCAAUUUCCCUUUGGACUUGAAGCUCUCAAACAUUGCAAACCACCCUAAAACAAUUGACCUCUUGAAGAGCCUGGUUCAUCUUCCCUUUACUUCAAGAGAAAGCAAGAAUAACCUCUUAUCAGGAGAUUGCCUAACUCUCAAAUGUGAAGUGUUGUUUUCCAUUCUCAAAAGAAGGUUACAAUUUAGAUUGCCAUGGUGGGGGGAGCAUACAGGGGUGGGAUAGCUUUGGGAAAUGUUAAAGGUUUUUUCAAAUGUUCAAAAACAUGGGAUGUCUUUUCAAGAAAAAUUGAGGAAAAAAUGCAGUUUUAUUGCAUUUUUUAAAUUAUUUUUUUAAUGUAUUGAUUUAGAACAAAUCUUUGUUAAUGUUAUUUUUAAUCUGGAUGGCUAAAUGUUUACAAUCGCCUGCCUGACAUCUGCUCUUAAAGUGUGUGGGGAUAUUGGGGUGGGGGGGCACAGGUGUGCAGCGUGUGGUGCAUGCAAUUCAAAUGGGGGAUUUUAAAACAAACAAAACUGUAAAAAAAAAUCAUGCCAAAGGUAAGGCAGAGACUAGCUGGGUAGAUGGUUAUAUUCUAGACAUUAGCAUUUCACUAUAUUCUCUAUAUACCAUAUAUUAUAAAUUUGCAUGUUAAAGUAAAUAGAAGUAACUUCUAUCUUAUACAGAAAGGGACUUUAACUUUGGAUUACUUGUAAAUUUGGUCACUUGUCUUGAUUCAGGACUGCCUGAACACCUUAAGCUUUAGGGGCUGCUUGAUUUUGUUUUUGUAUUUUAUUUUUUGUCGCCACCAAACUUUUGCUUUGCUGCCUUUUCAUUAAAAAGGGCAUGAUCCAAAGUUUCAUAGAGGGGUUUGAGAGCAGAGCUACUGAGUGGUGGCAGCCAAAUUGACUUGAGUUGCAGCCACCAUAGAACUAGUAGCCAAUUUGCAUCUUCUCCAAUGCUGUAUCUUCCUUUGCUGACCUGUUAUACUGAAAUCGGCAUCAUGGAAACAUCUGGAAGCUUUGUAUCAUGGACAUCCACCAGGACUCAUGUGAGCAGUCAGAAGGUUUCAGACGGCCAGCAGUUUAGCUUUGUUUGCUCAACCAACCUCCCUCAUGUUAGUUCCAAGUAAUCAAAGCUACACUUUUGUGCACAUUUAUUUAUUGCCCACAGGGAACUGUGUGUGUGUGUGUUUAAUUUAUUUUUAAAAACUUCCCUUUCUUUGACUUCUUAUGGAGGGUGUAUUUUUCAUUUAUCGUAUUUGGUGAGUAGACUGUUUUCUCAAGGUGGAGGAAUGGAGCAUCACAAACAGAUUUAAUUUCAGGUUGCAGACCACAGUCCAAAUUAAUUCCAGUGCUUGAUUCUUCUCUAAGAGACUUGAAAUGCUCGGGCUGUGGUUGGGCACGUGAAGUCUUGGAAUCAUGUAACUUUAAAAUUCCCAGGAUUCAAUAUCAUAAGGCUAAGAGUCGGUGAAGUUGCUCAUAGGUAAUAUUGGAAGAAGGACUGAGGCUGGAAUCAGGAGAAUCAUGAUUAUGCAGAUUGACCAAACUGUGUUGAAGAAUUCAUGAAAUUUGCUUUAAAUGAUAAGCUGAUAAGUUGAAUAUUUAUGCUUGCCUGCUGGCUUCAGAAUUUUAAUGUAGAACAAAUGCUAGUCAGUUACCUUUAAAGAUUCCCCCCCUUAAUGUAGAUCAAGCUGUUCUAAGUUAUUUCCCAAACACCUGAUUCACAAGAGUUGCAGUCAAAAACAUGAGAAUUUAUAGCCCUGUAAAAGAGGAAGAUUGACCAGGAGGUGAGUUGGAGAACUUGCAGACACCCUGUCAUUAUUGAGUUUUAUUCCCAAGUAGAGAGGAAAUACUGUUCCUCUGUAGCUUUAGUGGAUUUUGCCCAAAUAAAAGAACACAAUAUUUCAGCAAAAUAAAAAAAUUCCUUCAGUAGCACCUUAAAGACCAACUAAGUUUAUAUUUUGGUAUGAGCUUUCGUGUGUAUGCACACUUCUUCAGGCAUCUGAAGAAGUGUGCAUGCACACGAAAGCUCAUACCAAAAUAUAAACUUAGUUGGUCUUUAAGGUGCUACUGAAGGAAUUUUUUUAUUUUGCUUCGACUCAGACCAACACGGCUACCUACCUGUAACUACAAUAUUUCAGAAUUGUAGCACAGGAAUUGGCAUGCAACAUGAACCGAUGGGGGUGCCUGUAGGUAGAGGAAAGGGACUUAGGAGAGACAGUUCACAUUACUUGUUUCUGUCACAUCCUAGUUUUAGAGAUGGUUUGUACAUUCACAGUUUGGAGAAAUGGUUAUCUCUGAGGACUUUGUGAUCAGGUCUGGAGAGAAGUCCUGUUUUAAUUAUCCUGCUUAAGGGGAGCUUCUUAAAAACAACAAAAUUGUCACCAUAUAUAUAAGUUACCUGUAGAGUGGUUCUUAAUUUUUUUUAAAAAAGAUAAUUUGGCUCUAGUUUCACAUUGGUGCUGUAAACCAAACCAUUUAAAAAAGAAAGUAAUGUUCUUUAUACCAAAGUAUUUCAGCUAUUUGUUUGGAAGUUUGUGGAGUUUUUAAUAGCAUAACCAUCUCCUUCCUAUCCCCACAGCAGGCCAUUUUAUUAGUAGCUCUCCUUACUUACCUCCAGUUUAAUGUCCGGUUGGAGGGUUUUUUCCCACCAGCACCAGUUGUUUUAAUGACAUUCAGAAAGCAUGGAAAUCAUUCAGAAAGCGUAUCCCUCGGAUAACAUGUUGAGUAAAUUCCAAUACUGGAGCUUGUCUCAGAAGAGGAGUGUUCUGAUUUCUGAUUUAAAUUUAAAUGAUUUCAGGCUUAGAGUGCCCUUGGCCCUCUGACCAGUUUUGGGGGUGGGUGGAUAAUUUGCUGAGCUCAUUGCUUUCCCUACAUGCCGAGAAAUCUGAAAACAAGCAGGUGCCCUUUAAAAAAUAUAUCAGUUGUACCUUUGAUUUUAAAAGAUAAUUAGAGAAUAGAAUCUCCCUGGGGUGUCUUCAAGAGUCUUUGUGAAGCACUCUUUUCUGUGCCCUAUGGGACCCAUCCUCGUAGGUUCAGUCCAGCAACAUAGGACAGUUCAGUGUCACUUAUUUCCAAUUAGGGUUUGCUAGUCAUCUCUCAGUGUGAUUUCACUGUCCUAACUUCCGUUGCCCGCUACUUGGCAUGCACCAAAUUUUAGAACAGAGACUUUCCUUUUCCUAGUCAGCACCCCACCUCCCUGUCAGCAGUCCAAACAGCUUGUCAGAAGUAGUUGCCUGCCUCCAAGCAGCGAGGCCAGUCUGAUCAAUUUUAGUGGAACUUUUGGAUUUAGAAACAUACCUACAAUAGUAUAAGGUAAAUGACAUUCUUGCUUACUUUUGAAAAGCUUUUUUUUUACUCUGUUUGUAAAAACCCUCAUAGAAGCUUAAAAAUAAAACUCUCUUUCCCUAAA